AUGGAAGACGCUCUACCACAAUCGCCGAGCAAGACUUCGCCGUUUCUUUCGCUGUUCAGAAGAAAGAAGAAGGUGAAUGGCACGAAGUCAUCAGACAAUUUGAAACUCACACCACAAUUGCAAGAUAAAAAGAAGGAAAAGGAUUUCAAAGCGUUUGGAAAAGAGAAUAAAAACCUUGUGACUAGUAACACAAUGCCCGCCGACAUGGACGGAGGCAAUAAGAAAAAAAAAUCAGCGAAAAAAUCAAAGGAUUUGGGAAAGUCAAUCUCGAUGGAUGUGCUACUGGAGGAUGAAGCAGCAGUGUUGGUUGAGGCUCUCGAAGCGAUUGGGGAUGAGAAGCCGAUCGUUGCCAGAAGCAUCCCAAAGCAUGCCAGAAUUGUCAAAAAAGAAGACAAUUCUAUGAAGAACUGUUUGUUUGAGAAGGAGGUAUACGAUGGAAUGCUUUCGGAUUCCCUUCGAGUCUGCGAAAUGCUUCAGUCCCAUUUGGAUGAUUGCAUUGUUUCAGUUCGUGCGAAAAGUCCAGAUGCAACAUUGUCGUAUUCAUUGGAUGGUCGCGAUUCAGGAAGAGGAGCUUCAUCGCCGUCAUCGACAAUGUCGUCCACGGCAAGCCCAAAUACCAGAACUCGCGUCUUCAGAGAGACCCAUAUGUAA